CAGAGCUCCAGCACUACUCCACUCUACACUACAGAGAUCCUACUCCACUCUACUCUACAGAAAUUCUACUCUUCUCUGCUCUACCCAGCUCCUGUUGAUGACAUCUAACGGUGUGUCUGCAAGAGGUACGACUCAGCAUCACUGAUCUCCACCAACCUCUGUCCUCCGACCCAGCCCAUCUCCACUUAUCCCACCAGGUCACCACUCCUCUACGGUCCGGUCCCAUCUCCACUUAUCCCACCAGGUCACCACUCCUCUACGGUCCGGUCCCAUCUCCAAUCAUCCCACCGGAUCACCACUCCUCUACGGCCCGGUCCCAUCUCCACUCAUCCCACCAGGUCACCACUCCUCUACGGCCCGGUCCCAUCUCCACUCAUCCCACCAGGUCACCACUCCUCUACGGCCCGGUCCCAUCUCCAAUCAUCCCACCAGGUCACCACUCCUCUACAACCCGGUCCCAUCCGCCCUCCACCACUCCAUCAGUCUGAGGGGAAGACCCUUAUGGGAAGCAGCUAGGACCCUCUUCCUCAGCACUGACAGCCAUCACCAUCUGCAGCAAGAACAGAUGUGUGCCAGUGACCAGUGAGCAGUAGUGAUGGGGGACUGGAGUCUCCUGGGGAACUUCCUGGAGGAGGUUCAGGAACAUUCCACGUCAGUGGGGAAGGUGUGGCUCACUGUCCUCUUCAUCUUCAGGAUCCUGGUGCUGGGCACGGCCGCAGAGUCCUCCUGGGGAGACGAGCAGAGUGACUUCCUGUGCGACACCCAGCAGCCCGGUUGUACCAACGUCUGUUAUGACCAGGCGUUUCCUAUCGCACACAUCCGCUACUGGGUCCUACAGAUCAUCUUCGUAUCCACACCGUCACUGAUCUACAUGGGCCACGCCAUGCACAUAGUGCGGAGGGAUGAGAAACAAAGGAGGAGGGAGCAGGAGAAGAUGGAGGAGAGAGGAGAGGGGGGGAGUGUAUCAGGGGAGAAGGCGUACCUCCAGCAGAGGGAUUGUGGGAAGGUGCUGCAGGCAUCAGGGCAGGUUCGUCUGCGGGGAGCACUGUUAUCCACAUACAUUCUGAGCAUUCUGAUCCGCACAGUGAUGGAGGUGACCUUCAUCGUGGUCCAAUACAUGAUCUAUGGAGUCUUCCUCAGGGCUCUGUACCAUUGCAAGGCCUGGCCCUGCCCCAACCCAGUCAACUGCUACAUGUCCAGGCCCACAGAGAAGAACGUGUUCAUCGUCUUCAUGCUGGUGGUGUCUGGUGUCUCCCUACUCCUCUCUGUGGUUGAGCUCUACCACCUGGCCUACAGGCGUAUCAGGAAGUGCAAGCGCAACCACGCCGCCCUCAAAAACCACACCCAUAACGCUGUGGCCAUCGUCGUCACCAGGGACCCCGACACCCCGCCCAAUCACAACUCCCCGGGCUGCAGCCCUCCCCCUGACUUCAGCCAGUGCCUGGCAUCGUCGGGGACGAUGACCCCCAUGAACCCCAUGCCUUCUCACCCCUUCAACAACAGGAUGGCACACCAGCAGAACUCCAUCAACAUGGCCACUGAGCGCCAUCAUUCCCAUGACGACCUGGAAGGGGAGGGAGGAUUCCUGAGAAUGAGCUACACCCAGAUGCCAGGGGAGAUGGCCAACGGGUGCUCCGCACCAUCCCUGCUGCACGCCAGCUACCUGAAAGACAAACGCCGCUUCAGCAAGACCAGCGGCACCAGCAGCCGGGUCCGACCAGAUGACUUGGCCGUGUAGAACCAGACAGACAGAGAGUGACAGAGAGGAGCUGAGAAAGAGAGGAGGGAGCAGACAGGACUUUCAGACACAGCAGGAGAGAGGCCCUUCCUAGAGGAGAGUGGAGUAGGCUGGGUCUAUAGACCCAGAGACAGAAGUGGAGCAGGUAAUACAGACUGGGGCUAAAGAUGGAUGUGUUAGCAAACUCCAAGUGGAUCCAUUCAGAAGGCACCAGGCUGGCCAUACAAACCCAGGAGCAGCAGCCUAAAACUGGGGAAACUGUGGAGGAUUGUCUACAGCUCCAAGAGCACCACAGGAAGAGAGACCUUGGGGUCUGUAAGCUCACUGGGAGUGGGUCGAGUGGAUCUUGAGAGCUUCCGCAUAUUGGACUGAGCUUUAAGACUGUGACCGUUGGGAGAACUGAUGGUUUUUGUUAGAGCAAUAAGUAGCUGGCCAAGCUUGAAACAUGGACAUGAUAUCUGUGAUAAAAUAUUGAUCUUGAUGCAAAAGAGACACCUUUUAUAUCACAAUUCGGGAAAAGCCUUGAAAUAACAGAUAAUUGCACAUUGUAUGUUUUUAUGUUUUAUAGGGCAGAGAAUUACAGUAGCUAUUUCUUUAAAGUCUGAGAAUAUUAUACAUUAAACUUGCAUAUUUAGUGUGCCAAAAACUGUCCCACAGUCUAUCUAGCUGCUGAUUAUAAUAACACAAACAUGUACAUGCUUGCAAAUGGAAACACACACACACAGAGACGCGUACACACACAAACACACACACACACACACACUGCUGUCAGAGGAGGAAAAAACCUAUAUUCAGGGGUCUGACCAAAGAGUGUUGUCCCCUGAUGCCUGGGAUCCAAUGACGGAGGCUAUCUGCAGCAGUUUGGAAAGUGAAAUUGGGACACAGAUCCCUGCAAUGCAAUCCAAUGUGCACUAUAUGAGCUUCAAAUAUAGCAGGAGCAACUGUUUUCUCUGUGUUUAAUCCUGAUUGCAUACAGUGCAUUCGGAAAGAUUUCAGACCCCUUGAAUUUUUCCAAAUUUUGUUACGUUACAGCCUUA